GAGAGUCGCACUAUAAGAAAAAUACAGUAGCUAAGGUUGGUUCCGUUAUUCAGAAAAAGGCUGGUCAGAUGUAUGCAGGGAUGUAUGCAGGGAAAGAGCUGUGAGUCAUAGCGUUUGGCGUUUUGCUUUUGGCGUGUUUUUAAAAUUUGAAAAGUUGGCGUUUGGCGCGCCACGCGAAAAUUUUGGCGCACAGCCCUGCCAGGGAACUAACCAUUUAUUCUUAUUUUCUUAAAUUACCUAGAAUAUGUAAAUAAUUUUAAAUAAUUUAAAUAAUUAAAUUUUAGUAAAAGACAAAAUUUACGCUAAACGAAUUUGUGAUUUACUUUUAUUCCGUGCCAUUCUAGAAUUUUCAAAAUCGAUGGUCUUUAACGAAAAAUACAAGGCCUUUUUGGAUGUAGAAGAUGAAGAUAAGGAGAUUGUGCUUAGUUUAAUUCAAAAUUUUCAAAAAACUGUAAAGACGCCUCGCGUAUUUUUUACUUUGAAACUUUCAAAAAUUGAAAGUCAAGAAAAAACAAAUAAAUUAAUUAACGCUAAAAUUUCAAAAUUUAUGGAUGACUAUAUUGAAGGAAAUUUAAAGGUUGUUAUUAAAGGGGUGAAAGCAAACAAGAAUAAAGACCAAGAAAUUUAUGAAGGCAUAAUGAAUUUGGGGUGGAAUGUUAAAAUUCAAUUGAAAAUGAAAACAAAAAUUUUUUGGAAGCAGUUUAUGAAGACGGAAAUUUCCAUUUAUUAUUUAAUUUGGAUGAAGCUAAAGAUGAGGGAAAUGGGGAAUAUAUGGAAAAGUUUAUGAAUGAAUUUAGGGAAAGAAUUAAUGGAUUUCGUGUGGAUUUAAUUGAGAGUUUUGAAAGUAAAUUUUUAUUAUUUUUGGGAAGUAAAUUUUAUUAUUCUC